UGUUCACCGCCUUCAAAAGUCCUCGAGCAGCGGUUUACUCACACGCGCUUCUUCCGCGCUCCGGUCACUCGCUCAGCGCGCUGCCCACUAUACUCUACCACGCGCCGUCGGUUCGCUCCUUUCACUUUUUGAAGUCGGGACGCUCGCGAAGAGUGUCACAUAGCAUCAGGCAGUAAGGGCUGAGGGUUCAGACAGUGUGCCUAGCUCUUACACCACCUGAAGUAAAGCCAGAGGACGCGAGCAGCAAGACCUCACUGCGGCGAGAGAGAGGCAGACGCAGCAGGCCGGACGUCCUCGCUUCCACAGAGGCAAGGAUGGGUGAGGUGGAGGCGGAGAGGAGCCAAGCAGGGAGGCUGUUUGAGAACUUUGUCCAGGCAUCCACGUGCACGAGCACCCUACAGGCCUUUAAUAUCAUGUGCAGUUGCCUGGAGCUGGAUCCCCUCGAGCACAGCUCGUUCUACAGCAGUCUGAAGAGCAGACUCACCUGCUGGAAGGCCAAAGCCCUGUGGAGUAAACUGGACAAGCGAGCCAGCCAUAAGGAGUAUAAGAAAGCCAACGCCUGCACAAGAACAAAGUGCCUGAUAAUUGGUGGGGGGCCCUGCGGCUUACGGACUGCUAUAGAGCUGGCCCUCCUCGGGGCCAAAGCCGUGGUGAUCGAGAAGAGAGACACGUUUUCCAGGAACAAUGUCCUGCACCUCUGGCCCUUCACCAUCCACGACCUCAGAGGCCUUGGGGCGAAGAAGUUUUAUGGCAAGUUCUGCGCAGGAGCCAUAGAUCACAUUAGUAUUCGGCAGCUCCAGCUCUUACUCCUGAAGAUCGCUCUUCUCUUAGGAGUCGAGUUCCACAUCAAUGUGGAGUUUGUAAGGCUUCUGGAACCGCCGGAAGACCAAGAGAAUGAGGGGCCUGGAUGGAGGGCAGAGAUCCGGCCUGCAGAUCACCCUGUUGCUGACUUUGAUUUUGAUGUCGUGGUGGGGGCUGACGGCAGACGGAACACCCUAGAAGGGUUCAGGCGGAAAGAAUUCCGUGGGAAACUGGCCAUCGCCAUCACAGCCAACUUCAUCAACAGGAACACGACGGCAGAGGCCAAAGUGGAGGAAAUUAGUGGCGUGGCCUUCAUCUUUAACCAGAAAUUCUUCCAGGACCUCAGGCAGGAAACGGGCAUCGAUUUGGAGAACAUCGUGUACUACAAGAACGAUACCCACUACUUUGUCAUGACGGCUAAGAAACAGAGUCUCCUGGAUAAAGGAGUCAUCAUUCAUGACUACAUAGACACGGAGGCACUGUUGAACAGCGCCAACGUCAACCAGGAUGCCCUUCUUGACUACGCGCGAGAGGCUGCCGACUAUGCCACCCACUACCAGCUACCAACGCUGGAGUACGCCAUGAACCACCUCGACCAGCCGGACGUAGCCAUGUUUGACUUCACCUGCAUGUACGCCUCGGAGAACGCGGCGCUGGUCAGGGAGAGGUUUGGCCAUCACCUGCUGGUGUCGCUGGUGGGUGACAGCCUCCUGGAGCCUUUUUGGCCAAUGGGCACAGGUUGUGCUCGGGGCUUCCUGGCAGCCGUCGACACCGCCUGGAUGGUCAGGAGCUGGGCGCAGGGCAGAGCUCCACUGGAAGUGCUGGCUGAGAGGGAGAGUCUUUACCGCUUGCUAGCUCAAACAACACCUGAGAACAUCGCCAAGAACUUUGACCAGUACACCAUAGAUCCUGGAACACGUUAUCCCAACCUCAAUUCCAACUGUGUCAGACCACACCAGGUGCGUAACUAUUACAUAAGUGGAGAGCUGAAGCCCUGCUCUUUGAAACGAGCUGCUAGCAUACGACGCCCAGUGAACCUGGCACGGCGAGAGUCUGAGAUCCGACCCAGCAGGCUGCUGACCUGGUGUCAGAAGCAGACCGAAGGCUACAGGCGUGUGAGCGUUACGGACCUGAGCACGUCGUGGAGUACCGGCUUGGCCCUCUGUGCCCUCAUCCACCGUUUCCGAGCACAUCUCAUUGAUUAUGAUUCGCUAAAUGAGGAAGACCCUGAAAGGAACGCCCAGCUUGCAUUUGAUGUGGCCGAGAGGGAGUUUGGCAUAAAGCCAUUCACCACAGGCAAAGCGCUGGCCACGGGCCAGGAGCCAGACAAGAACAGCAUAGUUACCUACCUCUCCAAAUUCUAUGAGCUCUUUCGGGGAACCCCUCUGCCACCUUCAGAUUUGAGGAGAGAAAUGGAUAAAAACAAAGACGAAUCCCAACCCGUUUACAGGUCCCUGAGCUUAACACAGCCUCGAAAACGGAUACCGAAGGAUGACAAAAAGGUGGACAAUAAUGAUUCUUUUUACAAAAGAAGACGGAAGGUUUGCAGUUAUCUGGAAGAGGCAACCAACUUCUCCAGUCAAAGCUCAUCAUUAGAAUCUGAGGGGCGGGAGCUGAAAGAGAAUAAGGUCAAGUACAUGGCCUCUCAGUUACUGGCAAAGUUUGAGGAGAGCACGCCAAGCUGCACUCUGCGUAGACAGUCUGAUUCGAAUGUUGCGAGGCCUUCAAGACCUGCAUCACUUGAUAUGACAGAAAGCACACCCUUCAACAAACCUGAGAAGAAAAUCCCACCACCUUUGCUUCCGAAGAAGCCAGCAGCUUGCAGCAGACACGCAGAGGAGCAGCUGCCUUCUCCCCUUCUCCUCCCUUUGCCUUACUCCAGCCCUGCCUUCAUCUGUCGUAAACUCAGCCGCCCCGUUCACACACACCCCCCAUCUCACACAGAAGCCACUCCCACACACACCAGGCCACGCACAGAGCCCACCGACACACACGCACGGUCACGCACGCAGCCCGAUCACACGCGCACACCGUCGCACGUGCAGUCUGCCGGGGUACGCGCGCGUCCGCCCACGCCCCCCGAGUCAGACAGGCCGGAGAGGCGGGAGGACGGCCCCUGCCCCUCUGCCAUACGGGCCAUGACGGCCAUGCUGCAACGCCUCCAGAGGGUGGAGGAAGAGAUCAGCCAGAGGAAAGCCCAGACUCAGAACGCCAGGGAGUUUCAUAAAAAGAGCAUAAAGGAGAAAGCAGUUCACUUAAGCUCGCUGUUCUCGGGCCGUGCCGUCCCUCUGCCUCAGGGUUCCUCUCGGAGGGAGUUCCCCCAGAGCCUGGGUGAUGUGUGUCAUGUGUGUAAGAGGCGUGUGUAUGCAGUGGAGUGCCUCAGAGCCGAGGGUAUGUUCUUCCACAGAGACUGUUUCCGCUGUGACACCUGCAGCUCCCCUCUGUGCCACGGUGCGCACGCUUUCGACGCAGGGCGGGGGAAGCUGUACUGCAAGCUGCAUUUCACCCAACGUGAAUUGGCGGUGAAAUGCGAGAGCGUGCUUGAACCUCGUAAGGCACCCGAUGACCAUGCCCACGCCAGCCCUGGACAGCAUCCCGCCGGUGAUGAGAGCUCUCCACAGCAACCGGCAGGUACCCUGCGCUCGGUGCUGAGGCGAAGCAUGCACUGGCCGCUGCACGUGGGUCGGGCGGCGUGGGCCGCACCAAACCGCUUUGCCCACUGGCUGGGAGCGGGGGUCUGCAAACUCAGCCGGCACUUCCGGGCCAACGUGGAGGACUACACCUACCUUCUUUUCCGCCCAGUCUGCAGUGUCCACCCCCGAGUCGCUCUGAGCCCUCUCACACUCGAGAUGGAGCCACAUUGCUCGUUGGGCAUAACAGAGUCUAGCAUAAGAGGGUGUCAUUGAUUUGGAGUGGGUUCACAUCUCUCGCCGUACCAAUAAAGCCCAGAGUAUCCUCCGCACACAAUCCUCCUCCUGCGCCCGGCAACAGAACAGAGGAAGCCAUCGGGCUGGGCGACACCAGCCAACCACGGCCGUCUCCCCUUCACCAGGCUCUCGGAGUGAUCUGGUUAGUUGGGUUUUUCAGUUUAGCCAGCGAGUCCACACUCAGCUUUGGCCAUUCCUCCUGUACAGUUCCAGGCAGCAUGGGGAUUCAGUGCCUGGUCGAUAUCACUCCACUGCACCUUCACAAAAAGUCCAUUUCCCCUCCCUCUGUGUCCUUGGAGCAAAACAAUCUUUUGCUAUGAAAUGGUGAAGGAGUUAGGAAGCAGCCAGAUAAAACCCAAAUAAUCUGGCAUCGGGCUGUCAGGGUCUCUCAUUCACUUAAACAAGAUGGCCACUUAAACAUGAGAAACAUUUUGCCCUUCAAAAUAAUUAUUUAGGCUUUUUUAUGUGAUAAGCCAUGUCAGCACAGAACAGAUAUGUAAAGAAUUCUGCCAGCGGCGUUAUGAGCUGUAUUGUGAGUGCAGAGCAGUGGGAACAUUCCCUGGCCUUCAGGGUGAACUGUGAAAUAAAUGUUCUCAUUUCUGCAUUAGAGCACUUCAGUGCAGGUUUUCACUCUCAAUGCUGGAGGGCUGCAACAAAAUACAGUUGGGUUAUCUUACAUUGGUGCGCCUGUUCAACACACCAGCCAAUUACGGCCCCCUCUAUAGAGCACUUCACCUAUCCCUUUAGUUAUCCUGUCAUGGGGUGGGGUGGGGUGGGGUGGGGUUUUGAGACAUACUAAAAGGUAGGGUACUGUAUCUCUCGUGCUAGAUUGCCCAGUGUGGUAUCUCUUGUGCUAGACUGCCCAGUGCAGUAUCUCUCAUACUAGACUGCCCAGUGCGGUAUCUCAUUUAUAUCUUUAGUGUUACUUUUGUAAUAUUGACCUUUCAUUCUGUCAACGCUCUGUGUCUUCAGCAAAUGUUCCAUGAAUCAUAUUCUGGCUGUACCUGUGUAUUAAUGUAUCGAACUACUUAUGUAUUGCUGUACGACUGAAUGGCUAGACAAUGCACCCAAGCAGGAGGAUGAGUGCAGUUUGCUUUUCCUUUCUUAACACCACCUUGCUAAUGCACAAUUUUAAAACUUGAGUGAUCACUAAACGUCUACUCUCCCCCUGAACCUCUGUUUGCCUGGACCCUGGUGCUUCUCCUGUUUAUCUCUUUCUCACUGAGACAUUAGGCUCUUCUGAGAUGAGACGGAGCACUCACUUCCCAAAUCUGGCCCUGCCAGAGGGUUUGCGCCUCUGCGCUGCAGCUUGGAAAUGGGAACAUUU